CCCUGCGCGCGCACAAGGGCGAGGAGUCUCCUGCCGGGUCCGCCUAAGCGAGGGCUGGGCUAAGAUGGCGGCGCCCGUUCUGCUGCGAGUCUCGGUGCCGCGCUGGGAGCGGGUGGCCCGCUACAUCGUGUGUCUGGCCGGGAUUAUUCUUUCGCUCUACGCCUGCCACCUGGAGCGUGAGAAGGGCCGCGACCUCCAAUAUCAGGCACUCUGUGACCUCAGCGAGCGUGUCCGGUGCUCCUCUGCCAUCUCCUCCAGAUGGGGUCGAGGAUUUGGCCUGCUAGGCUCCAUUUUUGGAAAAGACAGUGCAAUAAAUCAACCAAACAGCGUUUUCGGUCUUGUAUUCUAUAUACUGCAAAUGUUGCUUGGUAUGACCGCAAGUGCAGUAGCAGCGCUGGUCCUCAUGAUGUCCUCGAUAGUGUCAGUAAUAGGAUCUUUGUACCUGUCUUACAUUCUGUACUUUGUGCUGAAGGAAUUCUGCGUUGUCUGUGUCAUCACAUACUUGCUGAACUUCGUUCUCUUGAUCAUCAACUACAAACGACUAGUAUACUUGAACGAGGCCUGGAAACGGCAGCUCCCACCCAAACAGGAUUAACUGCUUUGCAAAAUUUUGACUGACAGUUUGAAGGCCCGGCUUCCGUUUAUCUUUAUUUCACAGUAAAAGGAUUUUUUUAAAUUAUUAUUCAUAUCACUUGCUUUCCCCAGGAAUCAUAGCUAAUUCAGUUAGAGUGACUCAAAGGAUAGGGGCCCUGGGUAACUUCUCAGUCAAUAGCUAUGCUGAGGAGCUGUUUGUGAAAGUCUUAACCUGAUCAGAGACAAGCUUUAACUCUACUUUGAAGGAGUCCACAGAGGCAUAUUCUUUACUCCUUCUUUACCCUUCCCCAAAUAUUCCAGGUGGGCUAUAGGAAGUCUCCCAUCUCAGCGUGAAUUGAGGUGGGCGAAGUCUUUAACUGGGAGAUCAUGAUUAUUCUAGACUUUAUAGGUACCAUAGGGAAACAUUGCCCUUGUUUACAUUAUGUCUAUUGGUAGCCAAGGGAAUUUGACCACAUAGAUGCAACUAAAACACUUACCACAACUUGGUGCAUAGUGGUAGAAAAAACUGGCUAAGUCCUGGCAAAGAAAGAAGGUCAGCACAGCUCAGCCAAGUGAUGACUUGAAGCAUAACUUUUGAAGAAUGGUUCAUUGUGUUAUUGAGAUGGUUUUUUUUAAAGUAAAUUGAAAAUUAGUUUGUUUCCCUGGAGAAGAUUUGCAACAAAAGAUCUUUGCCAAUAUGCCUUUUCCCCAGGAUAUGUUUAAAGAAAAGGAAUUCAGUGGCAUUAAAAAAUGACCCUGAACUAAGUUGGGUUUCCUUGCAACAUCCAAACUGUUUUCCAUGGACGGAAACAAUCUUUGUCUAGGGAUGCUUACCAAGGGGAAUGGGGCACCUUGAGUUGCCCAGACCUCAUCAGUAGGAAGCCUGUACAAAUGGGAGUUUGAGGGGCAGAAUUGGCUGUGUACUUCAGAAGAUGUGAGACAGCCCAAUAGUGUUAAACCAAUUUGAUUAUAAUAUUUCUAGCUGCUGUAUAGAAUUACAACUUGACACUGGAUCCCAGUAACCCACUGGGUAAAUGAAUGCACUGAAGAAUUAGGAUGCAGUCCCUCUGUGAGCUUUUUUUGUACAUAGGUUCCACAGAAGUGAAGAGGGGCGGGGGAGUGUAUAAAGAAAUGUCAGUGGAGGGUGCUUUGAUGUUCCUGAGAAAUUCCCCUUCAUUUAGUGAAGCUCGUAUAGCAAACCCAGAUUAUGGACAGAAAUAGAUUUAUAUCUGUAGAGGCAGAGCAGUUUCAAAUGUAGAAAUUUGGCUAAAGCAGUUUCAAAUGUAGAAAUUUGGCUAAAGCUUAGGGAGAUGUCCAUUGACUCUUCCUCCCCCAGUUAGGGUAAAGGAAAUAGAUGGUAAAAAAUUGGCCCAAGAGUCAGUCAUGGUUCUACUUGAACGAGCAACUUGAAAUAAUUUCCCAUUCAUAUGUCAUAAAAUGCAGUGUUUUUUUUUAUUAAAAAAGUGCCUUCUGUCUUACAAACCAAAUAUUGGGGGUGUUUGAAAUUACCAGGCAGAAGGGUAUUUUUUGAUGAAUCAGACCUUUGCAGUAUGUAGAAGGUGAUCCCUUGGGCUGCUCUUAUACCAAGGCACUCUGGCAUCACAAACGGUUCCUUGUAGGACAUACCUGGAGGUUGGGGGUAUUUUUUGAGAAGGCAGGCUGCUGUCUUGAUUAGGACAGCUUUGAGCUCUGCAGUCCAUGCUGACUUCCGCUUUUCCUGCUGGAGUUCUUUAAAAAGAGAUGCUUUUUCUCAGAACAUAAAAUUUUGUCUGCUAUACUUAGAUUUAGGGCUUAGUUUACCCAGGGGUCUCUCAGUAUGCCUCAAUAUGACAAGGAGGCCUUGGAGAACCGUUGCAGUUUCUUAUAUGACAGCUGGGCCAUAGCUGUUCCAAGCAAACCAGAAGAGCUGCUCCUUAGCAAGAUUGCCGUGUUUCUUCCUGCAAUGGCAGAUCAAGGAACCUGUUGCAGCGGCCUGCUUAUCAUUGGAGUGCAAGAAGGUGACAGAAAUUUCCAGAGACUGAAGGAGUUACAGGAUUGAUAGGAUCGAAAAGGAGUGCUCAGUGAUUGAAGCAGCUUUUGGAAACAAAAUGCAAUCUGCCAGCAACUUCUUGUGAUGCGUAUUCACCAGUUGGGCUCCCUGAGAUCAUUAAGACUGUUCUCCUGCUCACAUGAUGGAAAUUUGGAAGACUUAUAUUAAGGGUAGAAACCAAAUUUUGGUGUCUAUUAUAGCAGAGAUUGCCGUGCACUUGGGUCGUAACGGGCUAACUAAAAAGUUCGGGUCAGGCCAGAAUAUAUCCAGGAUACAACAAAGGGCAUUGUUGCCAAAAACUUAAAUCCUGUUGUUUUCUAACCAUCGAUGCUUGCUCCUGCUUAUGCCCAAGAAGAGUGAUCUUCCUGAAAAAGCUCCCUUUUAAAAUUCCAGUCUGCGUUUAAACCCUUUCCUCCUCCUGCGUCUAAAGGGGUCCUCUUUUUUUGUGUGUCAUUUUCUUUAAAAAGAAAAUCAGCAUUAAGGUAUAAAUGCAAUUCUUCUUAAUGUUUUGUAAAAGUGCAGGAUUUUAUUUUCCAAUGGGAGCAACAUGUGCUGAAUAUGGGAUGUCUGACAGUAUUUAAAUGCCUGCCAAAUGAACAGUCCAGUUGGUUUAUGUACAGAACUAUGGUGGAAUGCAAGUCUAAUGGAAGAAGACAGGUGUUUACGGUAUAUAUAUAUAUAUGUAUGUAUAUAUGUAUUUAAAAAAAAACACUAAAUUCUGCUUGUUGUCCUUGUCAAAAAGUUUCUCAGAAAUGCAUUUUGUAUUAACCAGAGUACAGUUAAAGCUUGUCUUGAAUUUUGAAAUUAGAGCUGAUGGGGGCGGGGGGGAGUAUAAUUUACAAUUUUUGUUACAUUGGUAUGUGGAGAAUAUUUUCAAGUUUAUACCCUCACUGAUAAAAUUUUAUUUUAAGACAUUAAUGUAACAUAGUGUGAGGCUUUAUUUUUUUACAUGUCUGCAGAUGAGAUGGGGCUUUUCUAUCUUUCUAAGUAGAGAUUUCCAUUAUCUAUACCGGGGUGUGGCCAACGAUGGCAACUUCACGACCUGUGGACUUCAACUCCCAGAAUUCCUGAGUCAGGCUCUGAAAUUCUAGGAGUUGAAGUCCGCAGCUCAUAAAGUUGCAUAGUUGCCUAUAUACCAGUAUCAAUUAUAGGGGAUACAAGGAAGUUGUAGUUUUCUUCCUCGGACUUCCCCUCUCCCCCAAUUUCUUGGGUGGGAGUGCAAGCAGACACCAUUUUUCCCUCUGCUGAAAAGUUGCCUGUUCUGCUCAUUUCUCGUUCUAAGUCAACACCUUUUAAAUGUUGACUCUUAUUUUUUUUUCUUGUUCAAGAACAGAGGUGUGAAGGUAUUGGUCACCUUGUGUACUUUGAAGCAAAAUCCUGACUUCUGUACCCCUCUUCCCCCAUCUCCCAAUUUCAUUAGUAUUCCGUGGUGUUCAAAUGGUCUAUGCAGCCAUAGUUUGUGUUGGAUGACUCGUUCUCAAUCAGGUCCCCUUCAGACAUGUUGGGAACCCCCCCUCACAACUCCCAGAAUUCCUAGGCAGCUGAAACACUUUGGGCUGAGGGCCAAAUUAGACAAGCCAAUAUUUUUUUAACAGAGCGGAGCUUCCCCUGCUUGUGCGUUGUAAUGUUUGCAAGCCCUCCAGCAAGCAGGCGGUGGGCAAAUCUCCCUGCAGGUGUGCACUCUCUGCUGCCUUCCCUCUUCUUCCACAAAGGUCAUUCGUUCUCUUUAAGGCGGCAAUAUUACUAGGUUGCUUGGCCAUACUCCCAAACCUAUAUGGAUGAUGGAAGAUGCUGCAUGUCCCUGUUUUUCGCAAGUGCAGCUUUCACUCUUGCUUUGCUCCCAAUUCCUUUCUUUUUAUUUGGAAAGCCUAAGAGCCCCUGCUCUUUGGCUCUGUCUCAUCACCCAAGUUGCUUCUAAUUUUAUGCCAGUGAGGAAGGAAGGAAAUUUUUUCAGUGACAAAAAGUUUGGGUUUUUUUAAUAACAGUGUCCCAGGAGGUAAUUUUCUUGAAGAUCAGUUUAAUUCUCCCUACCACCACCACCCCAAAUCUCUCCCACUUCUUGAUGGUUCAGAAGGAAGAAAGGGCCCUGACACCCUUUUCCAAGAAAUCAAGGUUUUCCAUAGGUCAGAUAAGCCCUUUUUCUAAGAUUUCUUAGAAAUCUUCAUACCUGGGAGUCAGUAUGGUUCUUAGUGCUUGUAAUGCAGUUUUGAAUGGAUGACAGCUUUCUUGAGAUACCAGAAAAUGUAUCCAUGAAGCAGAUGGCUCCAUUGCAUCUAGGCAAUAUACAUUCCCAGAAAAGGUUUCUGUCACUUGAUUUUCAGGAGGAAUCAAGGAGAAGUAGCAAGAGAAAUCCACACCCUUGGAAGAGGAAUUUUUCAACCUAGGUGACUCUUCAAGGAAAAUAUCAGAGUGGGCUCUAGUCCAGAAUGAGAUGAAAGUUUAAGAAAAUAAUUACUUUGAAUUUUCUGAUUCAAAGCAAAGUCAAAAAUGAUUUUCUUUUUGCAAAAUAAUAUCUCCUGAUCUGUAUGAACAAAAAAAAUGGUCAAAACAAACUAAACAUUUGCUUGGAUUCUUUCAAGACCGAUUAAACAUGACCUAGUAAAACUAGUUUAAAAAAAAGAUGAAGUAUUCCGUUUCCAUUUUUUUAAAAAAUGUAUUAAGCAUGGCCUAAAUAUUCAAUGUGUGUUCUGUCUCGUAUGUUUGAUCUGACAACUUUUUGAUGUGCUUCGAACUCCAAAACAUCUCCAUUUCGAUUGGAGUCAUUCCAUUCUUAUUUUUUUAUUUUUUGGUUCAACAUAGGACUGUGAUAUUCUGAGAUUGAAAUUCAAUUUUGCUAACAGGGGAAUUAAAACCAUGUAAAUAUUGUAAGAAUGUUUAUUUGUUGCACAUAACUUUUUUGGUAUAAAAAUAAACGUAGAAAUUAUCUGUG